AUGACGGCCGCGGACAAUGAGUAUCCUAAGGCUUCAAAUGCGACUCUCAUCGGAGCCAGCCUAACGUACAUCGCUGGCCUAUUUCUUCUUCUAUCGUUUGCCGGUCCCUAUUGGAUCGAGUCGUAUCCAGAAAUGUUUUCAAGUUUCAAACACAUGGGUCUAUGGGAGUACUGUUUCGACCGUUUUCGUUUUCCUUCAUACCAGUUUGACAAACUGUUUCAUGGGUGCCACUACAUUUUUAGUGAGGAAUUUUAUGUGAUUCGAGAAUGGUUGCUUCCUGGAUGGUUGAUGGCAGUGCAGUCAUUUGUGACCAUGGCUUUGAUAUUGUCAUUCUCAUCUCAAGUGUUGCUAGCUUGUGUCAUAGUGAGAUGGCCGCUCCGCACUGUGCUGCGUUAUGAAUGGAUCUUUGUCACUUCUGCUUUCAUCAUGGUGGCUAUUGCAAGUGUGUUCCUGUUCCUGGCAGUCGCCAUAUUUGGUGGGAACUGCUAUCGUCGCGACUGGCUGCUGUACCCUUCGUUCAAUGUUCUAUCAUGGUCAUAUGCUUUUGCUGUAGUUGCCUUCAUUUUGUUUGGAGCUGCAGCGAUACUCCUGUACUUGGAAUCCCGAAAGCUUUAUGAACUGCGUUUGGAAGCAAAGAAUUUGGUGGCUCAGAUGCAACACAGUCAGCCUGAACAUGCUCUGCAUCAGUUGCGCGACCAGUUGCAGCAACAACGUCAAAUGGGUUACAUGUAA